AUGAUGAAUGGAUUAUGGAUUUUUAUGGAAAUUCGAGUAUCGAGAAGCGAUGUGACGGAACAAACAAGACUUCAGACUCCACCUAUCGUAGUUUUAUGUAUUCAUAGAUCUUGUGGUUCAUUUAGGUCAACACUUCCUCCACCUCUAAUUGCAUCUCUUACUUCAAGUUGCAAUUCACUACAUAGAAGUGGCUCUACAUAA